AUGCCGGAGAAUAUUAUAUUACUCGAUAGAAAAUAUCCCAUUUCCGCAUCUUCCCAUAACAAUGAGUUCGCCAUCGAACUAUUCAAAUAUAGCACGCUGUGGCUAUAUGCUAUAUCCGUGUACAUAGGGAGGUGUGGUGGAUUGGUGUCUGGUGAUGACCGAUGGGACGGCGCUAAAAGCCGGACGGAAGCCGCGGACUGGCAGCUCGGGUUACAGGCCGCAGCUAGCGUGGGAUCUGAAGCAAACAUACCAAGGGUUGUCGCUGCGUCAUGA